CCACUGCUCCAGCUCCUCAUCGCGCUGCGAUUCUACGGCGCCGGAACCUUUCAAGUUGUUACCGGGGACCUUGUUAAUGUGUCUCAAGCAAGCGUGUCACGCAUCAACACACGCAUAUCAAGAAUGAUAGCUGACACAUUGUUCCCGCAGCUUGUGAAAUUGCCCAACGCCACUGAAGCGGCCGUGAUAAUGGAGGAAUUUUAUGCCAUGGCGCGUUUCCCUGGUGUAAGCGGGUGUAUAGACUGUACUCAUGUGCGCAUGAAAAAUCCCGGCGGAGAAGACGCGGAGGUGUUCCGGAAUCGAAAGGGCUACUUCUCAAUCAAUGUCCAGGCGAUCACAGGGCCUCAGCUUCAAUUUUUUGAUUUGGUGGCCAGCUGGCCCGGUUCGGCUCACGACAGCCGGAUAUUCGACAACAGUUGGGCCAGAGUACAAUAUGAAAGAGGGACUGUGCCUGGCAUCCUACUAGGCGACAAGGGGUAUCCCUGCAGGUCCUACCUCAUGACCCCAUUUAGGGACAGAAGGACGAAAGACAGCCCUCAGCACAGGUACAACAAGUCCCUCUCGCGGACUCACUGCAGUGUGGAGAGGACGUUUGGAGUGUGGAAGCGAAGGUUCCCAUGCCUCGACAUGACGCUUCAGAUAAAAACAACAUCAGUUCCCAUCGUCAUCACAGCUUGUGCCGCACUCCAUAACUUCAGCCACCUCCUAAGAGAACCAAUCCCACCUCCACCACAAAGCCAGGAAAAUCAUGACAGCGGUUUGCCGGCUCCUACGUCACCUGCUCCACCAAGACCACCAGCAAUGCCACCUGUGCCAGACACAACAAGCGGUUUCAGGAUGAGGGAGCGCAUAGUCACACAGUAUUUCGCUUAAACGAAAUGACACAAAAUAACAGAGACAUGACUUUAUUCGUACUGUUUUUUCAUUAUGUCGAGUUGGAGUUUAACCAUUUCUGCCUUUG